GUUGGCCCGACCCUCUUCAUCAUAAUUUUGACACAGUAAGAGAAGUUGUGGAGCCAAUUUUGCCAUGAAAAUGGAGAAAUUAGAACGUUAUAAGAUCAUCAAGACACAAACUUUCUUGAUUUUCAAGUGAUUUCAUUCAAAUUCCUCAUUUGAAAAAUCCUUCAAGAAAAUGAUUCUCAACAAGACUAAAGAUCACUGGGCUUUUUUGGAUGAGAUUGAAGCACCGAUGUGGGUAGAUCUUACCUUAGAAGAAGCUAAAUCCAAUGGCCAAGAGAUUGAUGAUGAGUGGUUCUACACAAGUCACCUGUUCCACCAAUGUUCUUCUCGUCAGUUAAAGGCUGCAUUUGCUCAUGCUAGUGAGGAGAAUGUAAAUCCAGACUUGGGUUUUAUGGGACCAUCUUCCCCGACGCUUCCAUCCUCGGUAUCGAGAUCUAGAGGUAAAGAAUAUAAGAGCAAGAACUGGAGAGGAGACAAUCAUGAUGUUUCAUUGAAUAAACCACACCUUGUAAAGCUUUUAUGUGGGAAGUCUUCAUUGGUGGAUUUAGGAUCUGGUAAAAAGAUGAAACCUAGGCCAAGCUCUAUGAAGCCUAAUUCUUUACGAGUUGGUUUGGGAUCCACAGAGGAAAUAAAACCCAAGCUGAGCUUUGUAAAUUCAAAAGGAACUUCCAAUAUGAAAAGAAGUUUAGUUUGUGAGAGGAGCUCAAUUGGUAAUGCCAAAGGAAACUCUUUGAAACCUAUAUCAGUUUGUGAGGGCUCAGAGAACAGUUCAAGCUCUAUGGUGGAUAAGGGAGGUGAAAGCAAUCCAGGAAGCACAGUCACGUCUGAGAGUAAUUUGCGAGGUCAGCAAAAGUUCCCUGAGGUAUCAAGUCGACCAUUUGGUCACACAAGCGAGCUACUAUCAGCAGUGAGGAUUACUCUUAGGAAAAGUUGUAUUACAAGACAAGCGUCGAGGGUGGAGACAAAUAGUGACAGGAGGCAGCCAACAGUAGAGACUAAAAAUGAUGGGAGGCAGUCAAGGAUAGAGAUUAAUAAAGAAAGAUGUGAAUCAAGAGAUCGCAAAUCUUCUUCAAGCAAGUCUAGUGUGGGGUCAUCUUCAGUCCCUGGUUUUGAUGGUAAGAAUUCAAAAUUUAUAUCAACAAGAAAAAAAGAAAAAACCCCAGAUAGUAGACAUGUGACAAGGACGAGAAAAGCAGUGGCUAAGGAUUCCAUUGUUCAAGUUAAGGAAGGAACUAUCAACUCUAGAAGGGGAGAUAAAACUUCUAUUGCAAAGUCGAAUCAUAAGGAAAUGGCAAAAUCAAAGGUUCAAUCUCUUCGUGCCAAAUCUUCACUGCCACUUAGAGUUAAUGAGCAGAAGUCAUCUACUGGGGCUAUUAAAGCCAGGGAGAAAGUGGAAUUAGGGGGUCUCAACAGAAAGGUGGGUGGUGGAAAAGAGAAUUCAACAGUCAAAGUGUCUGCGAGUCAGAAAUGCAACGGCAGGAACAAUCUUUCUGGAAGCAUUAGGGGUUCAAAUGGUACAAAAAAUAAUGUACCACAAAAAAGUGAUACAAGAGUAUUGGCUGGUCCAAAGGUAAAAAUCAGUGAUCGAAGUGAACGGGUGAAUCAGAGGGUCUACUUUAGAUGAGGGAGAAUUGCAGCAAAAAUGUCUGUACAUAUACAUAAUGUAGAAUUACUUUUCAUAGCCCAAUGAAACCUGGAGUGAUAUCAGUGAGGCAAACAGCUCUGUGUCUCUGCUUUUUUUUUCUUUUUCUUUUUGGUCACUUCUUGACAAGCUGAGACCCAGACGAUUUCCUCACACGAUUUAUUUUGUUAAUGUUUUCUUAUCAAGGGCCUUAGAGCCACACUUCAGCUUUCCAUUUUCGAGUUUUUCUUAUU